UUCCCUGUCUCCCUGGCCGAUGGAUUCCAGGGGCUUCCUCUCCCUGCGCUGCCUGCUGGUCCUCGCCCUGGCGUCCAAGCUGAGCUGUGGGACAGGUGAGAGCUUGAUGAAUUGCCCAGAAGUCCCUGGGAAGUUGGGAAGCAGUUUGCAGCUGUCCUUGGCAUCCGAAGGGAUAAGCAAGAGGAUGAACAAGAGCAUCCACAUCCUUGUCACAAGGGCGGAAUCACCGGGAAACAGUAUCAAGAAGAAAAUAGUGUCUCUGGAUCUGCCAGAAGGGGGGUCUCCACGCUACCUGGAAAAUGGCUAUAAAUUUCAUCUGGAAAACCUGACCCUGAGGAUCCUGGAAAGCAGGAGGGAAAAUGAAGGCUGGUACUUCAUGACCCUGGAGGAGAACUUUUCAGUUCAACACUUUUGUCUGCAGCUGAAGCUCUAUGAGCAGGUCUCCACUCCAGAAAUUAAGGUGUUGAACUGGACCCAGGAGAAUGGGAACUGCAGCAUGAUGCUGGCCUGCGAAGUGGAAAAGGGGGACAAUGUGGUUUACAGCUGGAGUGAGAAACUGGGGAUUGACCCACUGAUCCCAGCCAACAGUUCUCACCUCUUGCACCUCAGCCUCGGCCCUCAGCAUGUCAACAACGUCUAUGUCUGCACCGUGAGCAACCCCGUCAGCAACCGCUCAUGGUCCUUCAACCCAUGGUCCAAGUGCAGGCCAGAGUCUUCGGUGCCAAGACAAUGGAGACUGUAUGCUGGGCUCUUCUUAGGGGGUAUCGUUGGUGUCAUCUUGAUUUUCGAAGUGGUAUUACUGCUGUUGAGAAGAAGAGGUAAAACAAAUCAUUACAAGCCAACAAAGGAAGAAAAAAGCCUUACCAUCUAUGCCCAAGUCCAGAAAUCAGGUUCUACUCAGAAGAAACCUGAUCCCUUGCCAGCUGAGGACCCCUGCACCACCAUUUAUGUUGCUGCCACAGAACCUGUCCCAGAACCUGCCCCAGAACCUGUGCAGGAACCACAUUCUAUCACGGUCUAUGCCAGCGUGACGUUCCCAGAGAGCUGACACCACAGGCUCAGUGAAGGGACUUUCUGAAG